AUGAAGCCCAUCUGGCAGAAAGCCAGUGCUUACAGCCUCUUCUUCUUCAACAACCUCUUCUUUGUUCUGGGGGCCGUGCUCAUGGGCUCCGGAAUAUGGCUCUUGUUUGACAAGAGAAACGUCGUCACCGUUCUGCAGAUCUCGACAUCCACCAUGAACAUCGUGCCUUACACCCUGAUCGGCGUCGGGGCCGUCACCAUGGUGAUGGGGUUCCUGGGCUGCGUCGGGGCCUCCAGCGGGACCCGCUGUUUCUUGGGGCUGUACUUUGUCGGCCUGCUGCUGCUCCUGGUGGCCCAGACCGCCACCGGCCUGCUCAUCUACCGCCGUGCGAAGGCCAUCCAGACAGAAACGCCCGCCUCUGUCCUCCACCUCAUCCAGUACUACGACCUGAGGCACGAAACCAACAGGUCCGCCAUGCUCGCCUGGGACUAUUUCCAAUCCAAGAUGUCUUGCUGCGGAUGGAUCGGGCCGGAAAACUGGAAGCUGAACCUCUUCCUCCGGCACAUAAAUUACACGCAGUACCCUUGCUCUUGCGGCGUCAACGCCACCGGCUCGGGGACGGAGAUAGGCUUCUGCUCUCUGGCCGCUCCAUCCGACGACUUUGACAGCUGGCCGGUGAGGAAGACGGGCUGCGUGGUCUCCGCCCGCAACUGGUUUCACGAGAACAACGACGUCAUCAUGGGGGUGUGCGCAGCCGUCUCUCUCGCCGAGGUGUUGGGAAUGGUGCUGUCUGUUUGCCUCUGCAAGAGCAAAGUACCCUAA